AUGGGAAGUGUCACAGCUCGAUAUUUCUGUUACGGAUGCCUUUUCACAUCUGCGACCUGGACGGUUUUGCUUUUUAUUUAUUUCAACUUCAGUGAAGUGACUCAGCCACUUAAGAAUGUGCCCAUCAAGGGGUCCGGGCCCCAUGGCCCUUUUCCCAAAAAAUUUUAUCCCCGUUUCACUCGAGGCCCAAGUCGAGUGUUAGAGUCACAGUUCAAAGUAAACAGAAUUGAUGACAUGAUAGAUAAUCAUGUUGAAGAUCCAGAAAAAGGCAACACGAAAUUCUCUUCUGAAUUGGGCAUGAUUUUUGAUGAACGUGAUCAGGAGUUGAGAGACUUGGGCUAUCAGAAACACGCCUUCAACAUGCUCAUCAGUAACCGCUUGGGCUACCGCAGAGAUGUGCCCGACACCAGGAACACCGCAUGUAAAGACAAGUCUUACCCCGCGGACCUGCCAGUCGCCAGUGUCGUUAUCUGUUUCUACAAUGAAGCCUUGUCUGCCUUGCUUCGUACGGUGCACAGCGUUCUAGACCGCACGCCAGCCCAGCUCCUUCAUGAAAUCAUCCUUGUGGAUGAUGACAGUGACUUUGAUGAUUUGAAAGGAGAACUAGAAGAAUAUGUCCAAAAAUACCUCCCUGGAAAAAUUAAAGUAAUAAGAAACACAAAGCGUGAGGGACUGAUUCGAGGAAGGAUGAUCGGAGCGGCCCAUGCUACAGGAGAGGUCCUGGUGUUCCUGGACAGCCACUGCGAGGUGAACGUGCUGUGGCUGCAGCCCCUGCUGGCCGCCAUCCGGGAGGACCCGCGGACCGUCGUGUGCCCCGUCAUUGACAUCAUCAGUGCGGACACGCUCGCCUACAGCUCGUCCCCCGUCGUGCGCGGAGGGUUCAACUGGGGGCUGCACUUCAAGUGGGACCUCGUGCCCCUUUCUGAGCUCGGGGGACCGGAAGGAGCCACCGCACCCAUCAGGGAACUGGAGGAGGUGGGGUCAGGCAGUCUUUGCAAAGGACAGAACGAGGGCAAGGGCGAGCACACAGACUUCCGAACUUGCACAUGUCCCCAGCCCAGUCCCCACGGCAGGAUCCCCAUCCAGAUAAUCUGGAUGUGUGGAGGUAAACUCUUCAUCAUCCCGUGCUCUAGAGUCGGACACAUUUUCCGAAAAAGGCGACCGUAUGGCUCUCCUGAAGGCCAGGACACCAUGACCCACAACUCCUUGCGGCUGGCACACGUCUGGUUGGAUGAAUACAAGGAGCAGUAUUUUUCCUUAAGACCUGACCUGAGGACCAAAAGUUACGGAAACAUCAGUGAGCGUGUUGAACUGAGGAGGAAGUUGGGCUGUAAAUCAUUUAAGUGGUAUUUGGAUAAUAUUUACCCAGAGAUGCAGAUAUCUGGGCCCAAUGCCAAACCCCAACAACCCAUUUUUAUCAACAGAGGGCCAAAACGUCCCAAAGUCCUUCAGCGUGGAAGGCUCUAUCACCUCCAGACCAACAAGUGUCUGGUGGCCCAGGGCCGCCCGAGUCAGAAAGGAGGCCUGGUGGUGCUUAAAGCGUGUGACUACAGUGACCCCGGUCAGGUCUGGAUUUAUAACGAAGAGCACGAGUUGGUUUUAAAUAAUCUCCUUUGCCUGGAUGUGUCAGAAACUCGCUCUUCAGACCCACCCCGACUCAUGAAGUGCCACGGGUCGGGAGGGUCCCAGCAGUGGACCUUUGGGAGGAGUAACCGGCUGUACCAGGUGUCCGUUGGACAGUGUCUGAGAGCAGUCGACCCACUGAGUCACAAAGGCUACGUCGCCAUGGCGAUCUGUGACGGCUCCUCUUCACAGUGGUGGCGUUUGGAAGGUUAA